AUGACGACGAAUGCGACGACUUUUAAACUUCGUCUCCUCUCCUUCAAACUCUUUUGCUUCCUCGUUUUUGUCGUCGUUUUCUGUCGCGUGUUCGCGUCUUCUUCGGCACAAACGACGAGAGAAACGAGGACGAAUGGAGUUCCGAGCGGUGAAAAUCUCGUCGUGAUUCUCAACGGCAAUCGGAGGAAAGACUGCGCGGGAAUCGACGCGAGAGCGCGACAGAUUCGAACAGCAUUGCGAGAGAAUACCAAAACGAGUGAAGAGAGAAGAAGAGCAAUGGUUGUGACGAUUUUAUUCGCCGCGGACGAUAGAAACGACCGGUGCGAACUGUUGAAGCGAAGAGUUUUAGCAUCAGAAGAAGAAGAGGAGAGGAAAAACGAAGAGCGGCGGCGAGAGCGCGAGAAGACAAAGAAGAUAAAGAAUACGAUUCAGACGACGAUUCAGACGACGACGGGAGAAACGAUGAUGCUCUCGUUCGAGUACGCGACGUUGCCGAGAAGAGAAGAUGAAAACAAACCACCGAUCGGUGGACCUCGAACGCGCGCGUUAUCGGUACGGGUGAGUCAAUGGAUCAGGGAGAGGAGAGAACGCAGAAGAAGAGGAGGAGGAGAAGGAGAAGAGGAGAAGGAGGAAGAAGUGUACGCGUUCGUCGAGGACGAUUCGGAAGCGUUGAUGUAUUUCGCUGCGAUUGGGAAAGAAACGCGAGGCGGCGCGACGGAGAGUUUAUUCGACGACGUGUCGUUUGCAACGAUUACUGGAGUCGGAUUUGGUGGAAAUAAUCAUAGUGCUGAUGCUGCUGCUGAUGAUGACGAUGUUAAUGGUGAUGACGAUGUUGAGGAGGAGGACGAUAAUAGUAGCGAGAGUAGUACGAGGAGCGAAAAAAUGCUGGACGAUAUGGAGGCGCAGUGGAUGCGAAUGGAAUCGAGGAAACGCGCGGAGACGAUUGAGGUAACGUCGUUCGAGAGAAGAUUGCGAGAAAUCAGAGAGAAGAGAAGGAACAGCGCGACGGAGAUUAGAAUGGCGAGAGAAAUGGGGAGCUCGUUCGCGGACGAAUCGCUCGUAGGUGUGGUGAUGACGCACAAAAAUCGACCGGAGUAUUGCGAGAAAGCCGUGGAGGCUUUGUUGCAACAAACGCAUCGCAAGGUUGAAAUCGUUAUAGUAGACGACGGUUCGGAGGAAGCGCACGUGAAACGAUUGGAACAGUUCGUGUAUUCCAGGAAGAAGGAUGAUACUCUUAAAAGCGUGAAAAUUGUGAAAAUAGCGAAACCGGGGAAAUAUCUCGGCGAGGCGAGGAAUUUCGGAUGUUCAAAACUCUCCGAAAAAACCGAGUACGUUUUAUUCUCCGACGACGAUAACUUAGCCGAAACGAACGAAAUUGAAACGAUGCUCCGAGUGUUAGUGCACACGAAAGCUGACGUCGUCACGGCGUCGAACGAAUUUUUCGUAACCGCAGCGAACGGGACGAACGUUGUCGUCGGCUCGUAUCAUCCUCUCGGGAACGCGUUGUUUCCCGGUAUUUUUGAAAAUGUAUUCGGAGACGCGAAUGCCUUGUGGAGAAAGUCCGCGUUUACAAGUCUCGAAGGUUUCGCGAAAGAUACCUCGUAUUCUUUGCAAGAUUGGGAGAUUCUCGCCAAAGCAUCGAGCUCGGGUUUGAAGCUCGUCACCGUCCCGGCGCCCGCGUUGUAUAAGUAUCGAACGCACGCGAAGAGUAUGUCAAAGCAAAAGGAGGCUGAUGCUUCCUCUUCCGACCCGUACGAAGAUAUUCAAUUUACCGGUCCUUUGAGAGGAUUUGCACCGCUCGGCGAAGAACUCGUUCAGCUCGCCACGUUUUCAAAAACAAUGCGCAAAGAAUACGAAGCGAUGGAGAAAACAGUGCGAACUUUGCGGAAAGAGGAUGGAGGCGGAGGGGCGGAUGCCGCGUUAGGCAAAGUCGCUUUGAAAGUGCUCUGCAAAACUUUAACUUACGGUAGUACUACUGAGACAGAAUACGUCGCAGACGGCACCUUUGAUGCCGCCCCUUUGUCUUCACAAGAUAACUGGCACGUGCACGGUGAAGGAGGUUUCAAACCUGUAGAUGGCGCGAUACUCGUCCCAGGUAACGAAGAGAUGUUAACGGAGGACGCCGCCGGGUCAACUCUCGUAAGCGGCGCGUGGCAAAGAAUAGAAGUCAAUCAGCUCGAAGCCGAACCUCUCGUUCUUUCUGGGUGGGCAAAAGUUAUCAUCGACGCAUCAAAAGACGACGACGUUGAACUCCUCGAUACGUUCGAGAAGUCGGCUGACUUUUCCUUACACGCGGAUGUUGAAUUUUCCGACGGCACGAAGAAAGAAGCGAAUCGCUUCGAUAACACUCGUGUGUAUGCGAAGAUGGCGUCCACGUGCGGCCCUUUUCGAUGA